UCUCUGACGUCACGCGCCCGAACCUAGUGUCUCGGUCCCGGGGUCGUCAUGGCGGCGCGCGGGAGCCGGGUGCUGUGGCAGCUGAGCGGCCGGGGCUGGAGUCGGGCCCUGCUGUCUCUGCGGCCUCCUUGGGGCUGGGCCCGGCCGAUGUCCACGGAGAAGCCAGGGGUGGAUACGCAUUUCGGGUUUGAGACGGUGUCGGAGGAAGAGAAGGGGAACAAAGUCUACCAGGUGUUUGAAAGUGUGGCCAAGAAGUAUGACCUGAUGAACGACUCAAUGAGUCUGGGGAUCCACCGGGUUUGGAAGGAUUUACUGCUACAGAAGAUGCACCCUCUCCCUGGGACCAAGCUCCUUGACGUGGCUGGAGGCACAGGAGACAUCGCCUUCCGAUUCCUUAAUUAUAUCAAGGCUCAGAACCGGAGACAGCAGCAGAGGGAGCUGAAAUCCCAUCAGAAUUUAUCCUGGGAAGAAAUUGCCAAGUGGUACCAGAAGAGCCUGAGUACCUUGGGGGAAUCCCGUGUGGUUAUCUGUGACAUUAACAAAGAAAUGCUCAAAGUUGGAAAGCAGAAAGCACAGACCUUAGGCCACAGAGAAGGCCUGGCUUGGGUGGUGGGUGAUGCCGAGGAGCUGCCCUUUGAUGAUGACAAGUUUGAUGUUUACACCAUUGCCUUUGGGAUCCGAAAUGUCACACAUAUUGACCAGGCACUUCAAGAAGCCCAUCGGGUCCUGAAACCAGGAGGCAGGUUUCUCUGUCUAGAGUUUAGCCAAGUGAACAACCCCAUCAUUUCCAGGCUUUAUGACCUGUAUAGCUUCCAGGUCAUUCCAGUCAUGGGAGAAGUCAUUGCUGGAGACUGGAAAUCCUACCAGUACCUUGUGGAGAGCAUCCGACGUUUCCCACCACAAGAAGAAUUCAAGGAGAUGAUCGAAGAUGCUGGCUUUCAGAAGGUGACCUAUGAGAGCCUCACAUCAGGCAUUGUGGCAAUACACUCAGGCUUCAAGUUAUGACCCCAUUUGAGCACACUUAUCGCUGUGCAGUCUGGUGAGAAAGGCUAGGAGGGCGUCCGCUGCUCCUUCAGAGCUCCACCCUCAAGAGCUGGGGGCGGAAAUGACCGACUGGCCAUUGGGAAGAAGGCACGUCUUUCCCUAAUGCUCAGCUGGUGCUAUGUGGGACCUUUUCCCAGGGUGGUGUUUGGUUAAUUUGCCAUAUAAUGCCUUCUGUUCGUUUUUCUCGGAUGUGCAGUGUGUGGGUGGGGGGGAGAGUGAGCACAGAAGCUCAGACUGGAACAGGUUUUGUGGCCUCUGCCUCCCCACCACGUCAUGCCAAGAAGGAAAUAAAUGGACCCUUGUGGGUGAGUGGAAAGGUGGAACCUCCUCCCGAGGACACGCCCAGCAGGUCCUCCUCAAGUCCUAGACCUUUAUAAUCUGCCCAUGACAAAGGGUGGGCUGCGGUGUAAGCAUGGAUGGUGGAUUAAAGGAGUUCGCUUGUGUUUUA